ACGACAAGGGCUCUCCACCACCAGAAGGUCCACCGGCAGCCACUGUUGCCGAGCCGGAUUUGAAGCUAGGUGCUGGUUCGGAUUCCAAGCCUGACACCAAGCCUGCCGCCGAGCCUGCUGCUGGGCCUGCCUCUGCAAGCAAUUCAUCAGUUUGUAAACCGA